AUGAGUAAUAACUUUUCAUCACCAAUUAAUAAUAAAUCCAACAAACUACGAAAUAAUCAUCAAAAGCAACAGCGUAAAUCACAUUAUUUAAUAAAUCAAUCAAAUAAAAAUAACAAUAGCUACAGUAAUACAUCAUUAAGCUUAAACCAUAAUAUUACGUAUAACAAUUCAAGUCUAAAUCAAUCAAUCAAUCAAACUACUAAUCAAUUCAAAGCAAAAGAUGCAGAUGAAGUAAUAAAUUGGAUUGAUGAUUUAAAACAAAGAUAUCAAAAUUUAAAAAUUAAACAACAAAACGAAUUUAAAAUUUUACAAGAUGAACAAAAAUCUGAAAUUGAAAAUUUAAAAAGAAAAGAAAACUUAAGAAAGAAAUAUUUUAAUGAUGAAUUUAAUAAAUUAGGUCAAUUUUUACAAGAUAAAGAAUUAAAAGAAAAUGAAUUAAUUGAACAAUCAAGAAUUAGAAAUCUACGGAAGAAUGAAGAAAGUUUUGAUCAUAAUAAUAAUGAAUCACGGCAUCUAGCUGACGAGUUUUCACUGAAUCAAUACGAUGAAUAUGACGAAGAUGAAGUUGAAGAAGAAGAAGAAGAAGAAGAAGAAGAAGAAGAAGAAGAAGAAGAAGAAGAAGAACUUCACAUACCACAGCCGAUAAGUACUAGUGGCUUAACCUCCAAUUAUAAAGAUCAAGGUCAAAAUGUUGAAGAAGCUAUAGAAAUCUUAUCAGAAUCAGAAUCUGAAGUAGAUCAAGAAUUAGAAGAAGAGGAAGAAGAUGUGGAACAAGCUUACGAUGAGGAUGAUGAAGUCAAUACAAAUAAUUUUUUCAGUCCACAAAACUUAUACAACUUAGAUCAUAAUAAUAUGGCUCCUUUUAGUAACAGUCUACAAUAUGCACAACAAGCAAUUGAUCAUAGAAAAAUAAAUCCAUACGGAAGUGGCUAUGGGUAUGUGGAAGACCAAGCGGAGGAAGAGCUGGAAGAAGACGAAGAAGAUGAUGAAGACGAAGACGAAGAUGAAGACGAAGACGAAGGGGAAGUAGAAGAAUUGAUAGAAGAAGAAGAAGAAUUGAUAGAAGACGAUGAAGAACAUGAAGAUAACGAAGACCAACUUAUGCUAGAAGAUAAUGCCUAUCAUGUAAAAGCAAAUCAAAAUUACCAAAACCUAGACGAUAGUAUUGACAUCGAAGAAGAAUCUAGAUCAGAUAUAUAUGACGAGCUGGAUGAAGAACCCAAUAGCGAUGAUAGAAAAUUUAUUAAUGAUGAAGAUGAAGAUGAAGAAGUGGAAGACCAAUACAAUCCAGAUUUGAAUUUUGCAAACUCAGGUGAAAAUCACAACCAAGAAAAUAUUAUAAGUUUGGAUAAUAAUGCACUUCUGCAUGAACAAAAAAGUGAUGGAAUUCAAGAAAAUGAAGUUGAAGUAAAUGAGUCAGAAGUUGAGGCAGAAGAUUGGGAUGGCAUAGCCGAAGAUGAUUAUAGUGAUGAGGUAGAAGACCUAAGUGAACAAGAAAUUGAGGUAGAAGAUCAAAGUGAGAAAGAACAAGAUAGAGAACACCAAAAUAGCUCAGUUUAUGAUCAAAGUGAUGAUGAUGAUGAUGAUGUAAGAUCAUCACCUGAGCAACUGGAAAGACCUUCUAAUUUUGACUCCCAAGCUGAAGAUUAUGCAGAUGAAGAAAAAGAAGAUGAUACUGAUGAUAGACCAAAAUUAUCUGCCCAUACUUAUAAUACUUUAAUGCAAUUUGCUUCUAGUGCUUUAGGUGAAAGGAACAUACAUAAUUUUAAAGGGACUCAUUCUCAAUCAGGAUAUAUGGCAGAUUCUGAAUUUACUGAUAAUAAUUUAGCAAGAUAUAACUCCAUAAAAGAGGAUGAAGAAUUAAAUUCUGACUCUGAUUCAAAUCUCAAUGAAAAUGAUUAUAGACCUGAAGAUUUUGCUCCCUUACCAGAUGCGUUUUAUGCUCAUGAAUUAAGCAACCAAAAAAUUUGGAUUAACGAUUUAGAUGAUAAUAGAUCUGAUGCUUCAUUAGCUGAUGAAAGUCAAUUUGAAUCUAUGAAAAGUGAUUAUCAUCAAUCAAAUGUGAGAGGUUUUCAACCUUCAAAUGUUGAAUAUGAACUGAAGCCAAUAUAUGAGAGAAAGGAAGAAGAAGAGGAAGAAGAAGAGGAAGAAGAAGAGGAAGAAGAAGAGGAAGAAGAAGAAGAUGUCGAAAUGGAGACUGCUACUGAAGACGCUAUUGCCUCAACUUUGGAAGAAUCAAAUAUAGCAGAGUCUGCAGAUGAAGGACCACCCAUCCCAGUAUUCAAAUCAAUUGAAGAAGAAGAACCUGAAAUUACUUUACAAAAAUUAAAGGAAACUGAAUUAAAAUACAAUAUUAAAAUAAACGCUGUUGAAGAUUUAGAAAGAAGUAUACGAUCAUCAUCAUCCGAAACCACGAAUGAAACAAUUGAUCAAAUUAUUAAAAGAGCAAUUGACUCAAUUUCAGUCCCUGUUUUAGAGAGCAUUGAUGAUCAAGUCGAGGAAUAUUCCACUCUUACUGAAGAUUCAGACUCAUCACCAGUGGAGGAUGGCUCAGAUAUAAUUGAAGUAGAUGAAAACGAAUUUAAUAAGAAUAAGGAUGAAGAAACAGAGUCAUCAAACACCGAUCAUGAGAAGAAUUUUGCUGAAAUUGAUAUUGAUGAUAAUUUGGAAAAUACCGAAAUAGAGAUCUACCCACCAGAAUUAGAUACUUUAAACGAGUCAGAAGAAGUGGAUACUGCAAGAAAAGCUGCUGAUCACGAAAACUCAACAACAGAUCAAGUUGAUAAAGAUAUUUUGGAGCAGUCAAUAGGAGAAAUUGAACAAAUUGAAGCACCUGAUUUGGAUUCGGUACUUGAUAACUCCAUUAUGGAUGUGAACGAAAGUUUUGUCGAACAAGCUUCAACAAUGGAAAGUAACAAUGAUGUUUCAGUCUUUAAAGAGGAUCGAAAUGUAAUACAAAUGGAGGAUAAUGUACCUUAUGAAGCAGAUAGUUCUGACGAAUCAAAAACUGCACCAGCUGGAGAUUCAUCAUCAUAUGAUAACAACUUAUUGCAUCGCAAUUUGACCACAGACUUCAAGUCAAGUUUUGUCUCACUGAAUGGUCUUAAUGUACAUAAGAAACUAAUGAAUAUAUUCCCCAAUGUCGGAAGUUUUAAGGAUAAAAUUCAAUCGGGUUUAUCAGAAGCAAAUAUAUUGAAACUGAUUGAAGAAAAUGUGACUAAUGAAGUAAAGAACACAUUGGAAAAUGCAGAAGAUUUCAUUGAAACAAUGGAUGUCGCUAAAAGUACUAAUCAAGAUGCCAUAGAUGUUGAUGACAAAGUGAAAGAAUUUUCAGAGCAUACUAUUGAUAAGAUCAAAGAAGUAGAUGCUACAAAAUUAAUUAAUGAAGUUAGAGAAUCUGGAUCAAGAUUAGUUGAAGAAGUUAAAGAAACGUCAGAAAGUUUUGUCAAUGACAUCAAAGAAAUCCGGUCCAAUAUAUAUGAAACAGCUGGAGAUUUUGUUGAAAAUAUUGAUCAUUUUGAAAACAACGGUGAAGAUGCAAUGGAUGUUGAUGAAAAAGUUAAGGAAAUUGCAAACCAUGCUGUUGAUAAAAUAAGAGAAGUGGAUGUUGCAAAAGUUGGUAAAAAAGUUAAAAAAGCUGGUUUACAAUUAGCUGAAGAAGUUAAAGAAGCUGAAGAAGGUCUUGUUAAAGACGUCAGAGAAACUGGUUCCAAAAUGUUAGAAACAGCGGAAGACUUUGUUGAAAAAAUGGAUGUUUUCGAAAGUAAAGAUGAAAAUGCAAUUGAUGUUGAUGAAAGAGUGAAAGAUUUUGUAGAACUUGCAGUUGCAAAAUUGAAAAAAGUUGAUGUUUCUGAAAAAAGUAAAGAAGCAAGAAAUUUUGCUGAAAAUCUUGUGGAUCAAGUUGAAGAUGUUGGUACCAAUAUACUAGAAACAGCGGAAAAAUUUGUUGAAGAUAUGGAUAUUCUUGAAAGCAACGAUGAAAAUGCUAUAGAUGUUGAUGAAAAGGUUAAGCAAAUCGCAAACCAUGCUGUUGAUAAAAUAAGAGAAGUAGAUGUUGCAAAAAUUGGUAAACAAAUUAAAGUAGCUGGUUCACAAUUAACUGGAGAAGUUAAAGAAGUAGAAAAAGGUCUUGUUAAAGACGUCCGAGAACUUGGCUCCUAUUUAGUUGAAGAAGUUGAAGAAACGGCAAAAGGGUUUGUUGAAGAAGUGAAAAAAACUGGGUCCAAUUUAUAUGAAACGGCCAAAGAAUUUGUUGAAAAAGUGGAUGUUUUUGAGAGUAACGAUGAAGCUGCCAUAGAUGUUGAUGAGAAAGUGAAAGAUUUUGCAGAGCAUGCUGUUGGGAAAUUAAAAGAAGUUGAUUUCUCUCAAAGAAGUGAAGAAGCAAGAAAAUUUACAGAAAAUCUUGUGGACCAAGUUGAAGAUGUUGGUAACAAUGUACUAGAAACGGCAGAAGCAUUUGUUGAAGAGAUGGAUGCUCUAGAAAGCACCGAUGAAGAUGCAAUUAAUGUUGAUAAGAAAGUCCAAGAUCUUGCAGAUCAUGCUAUUGAUAGGUUGAAAGAGGUAGAUGUUGCAAAAUUAAGUAAGGAAGUCAAAGAAGCUGGAUCAAAUCUAGCUGAAGAAGUUAAAGAGAGAAUAGAUGGUUUUGUUGGUGAAGUAAAAAAAUCUGGAUCCAACCUAUAUGAAACAGCAGAAAAUUUUGUUGAAGAAAUGGAUACUUUUGAAUGCAAUGAUGAAGAUGCUAUAAAUAUUGAUGAAAAAGUCAAAGAGAUUGCAGAGCAUGCUUUCGAUAAAAUAAAAGAAGUAGAUAUUUCCAGAUUGAGCAAAGAAGUUAAAGAAUCUGGUUCACAAUUAGCUGGAAAAUUUGAAGAAACGGCAAAAGGUUUUGCUGAAGAGGUAAAAGAAGCUGGACUUGAUGUAUAUGAAAUGGCUGAAGAUUUCGUUGAGAAAAUCAAUAAUUCGGAAAGCAAUGACGAAGAUGCUAUAGACGUUGAUGAAAAAGUUGAAGAGCUUACGGAACAUGCUAUUGGUAAAAUUAAAGAAGUUGAUGUUGCAAAAUUGAGUAAAGAAAUCAAAGAAUCUGGAUCAGAUUAUAUUGAAAAAGUUAAAGAAACUGCACAUAAUUUUGCGGAAGAAGUUAAAGAUGUCGGGAUCAAUUUAUUGGGAACUGCAGAAAAUUUUGAGGAAGAUUUAAAUAACUUUGAAAGCAAUGAUGAAGAUGCUAUAGACGUCGACAAGAGGGUUGUCAACAUACUUCAGAACAAAUUUGAUCAAACUAAAGUUAAUGCAUCGCAUAUUCUUGAAAGGACUAAAGAAAUAGUCCCAACAAUUGUAAAUCGAUUUGGGCAAACAUUUGGACAAGUUACGGGAGCUACAAACUCAAUUUUUAAAAAUCUCAGGGACUUGAAUAAAAUUGACAGCAAGGGCGUUAAAGAAACUAAAUCAAAAUUUAACUUCCCUGAAAUGCCAUUUAAUAAAUUCAAGCGAUACUUAACCGACAGAAUACCUAUUCAUGAUACUAAGGAAAAAUUAUCUGAGUUGGAAUCAGAAUCUUCGGAAGAUGAAGACGGAUUUGACACUAUUACAGCUGAAAUUUCAUAUACACGUCCAUCUAAAAGAAGAAGAAGAAAAAGAAGGAUGAUUAGAUCAGGAAUUGAAACUUCAGAGAUUUUUUCUCUCACUGACUUAGAUAAUGAAAAGUUGAAGAAUGAAGAAUUGAAUGAAACAAAUAUAAAUGAUGAAGUUUUAGUUGAAAAUCAAAUAAUUGAGGAAGAAGAAGUCAUUAUUGAAAGAACACCCCUUGGGUCUCCAUUAGUAAAUUCAUUUAAAGAAAUAAAAACAACUAUUGAUGAACUUAACGAAAAAAUUAAAACAGAGGUCGAGGAAAUUAAAAUAAAAACAAUUGAUGAAAGUACAACUCUGGUAGGAUCAUCUACUGAUACUGACUUAAAAGUAUCUAAGAAAAGGAAAAGAUCAAAUAGACGGAAGAUACUUGGUUUAGAUUUAGAAGAAAUUGAACAAUUUGAAUCUAGGAGUUUAAGAAACGGUCAUAAAUUUGGAACCAAUGAUCAAAAUAUUAAUAGACCCAAUUAUGGCAAUAUAAAUUUUUCGAGUGGAGAGGUACCAUAUUUACAUCAAGAUUCAGUUGAGGGAUCAGAUCAUCCGGCUUCAAGAACAAGAUCCAAAUCACCUAUGAAAAGACUGUUCGAUGAUAUUGAUUCAGUCCUUGAUAAUAGUAGUCCUACUAGAAAAGUUAGAAAAAUAUCAGAUCUGAUCACUGCUCCAUACAAUUCAGAUGAAGAAAGAGGUCGAUCAAGAGAAAAAUGA